CGAUAAAGGAAGCAGAACAAAACAAGAAACACAACCGAGUACUUACAAAUUUAUCAUGGAAGCAAUGAUAACUAUGAUAUCAUACCUCUGGUGGAAAGUCCACAAUAAGGCGAAUGCUUCCCAUCUCUUUAUCUUUAUCGAAUAUAUAUAUAUAUAUAUAUAUAUAUAUCAACCCAGUGUGCGCCUCACUCAAAUGCAUAGGAUUCUCCAUCACCUUUGCCAUUUCCAAAUCCCUUCCCAUCGUUAUUCAUGUCUCGUAAUGAUUACUAAACAACGAUUUCAUACCAGAUAAAAUGGCAACUCCAUGCCUCCAAAAGAAUGCCAUCAAACGAGGACUUACCUCUUCACCACACCGUCGCCGGGAUGAGAAGAAAGGAAGCAGCGAUACUUCGAGUCCUGCUGCUGGUAAUGGCGUGGCUCCUCUUGGCAGCUUCAGAGCACCAUUUUCUCGCCUUCGCUGAUGCUCGAGCUAUUCGUUCAGCUGACUCAAAGCUUGGACCAGACCGACAGAAUUUAUACAUACCACAGGAAAACAUCAGGUCUACUAUGGGAGGAGAAAAGAAGAUUCGGAAGCCUCCAUCAGGACCCAACCCAGUAGGAAACCAACGUCCACCAACGGAAAAGCACUGAAACCUUGGGCGAGCUGCAGCAAUCUUCAUGUGGAAGUAAGCAGCAAGUUCUUUGGGUUAGGCGUAGUCAGGGUAGGUUAAGACCCAAUCUUCUGAAUGAUGUACUUCGAAUACAAGUAGAAUUCAAUCUGACAUUCAUAUGUUUUGGAAGCAGCUGCAGAUCUUUAGGAGAGAACUCUGCUAGUGCAGAAUAUAUGUGUGCAUUAUAUUAGAACUCACAAUUACAAUAUCAGCUGUGUGCUCACCAGAGAUGAGCAUGCAAUCAGGUGAAGUUUUGCACGCACCUUUCACUGUUAUAGCUGAGAUAAAAGGCAGGUCUUGAUUUCAUCCGA